CAAAGUCAUCUCCAUCUGACGUUUUCCGAUCAAUGGCGCCCAACUGGCUGUGGAUGUUUGUAGCGGGGGUGGCUUUGAUAACUACCACCGUUUGGACCGAAGAACCUAGCGAGGCCUUGAUGAAGGAAGCGACUAUUGUUUUCCACAAGAAGCGUGGGACGCCAAACGCUGUAGAGUGCGGCAAGGCAAAGGGCCUCUGCCAAGUGCCGAAAAAGUACUGUCCAGCAUACUACAUAGGUCGCAACUUUUAUGUGACAAGGGCCCGCUGUUUGGUGAGCAGCAAAGGUGUGAUUGAUGCACCAAACCAGUUGACAGUUCUUGGUCCAGGGGUUGUGAACGUCACGAUUGGAUUACACGAAAACUUUAGGAAGCCAAAGGGACCGGACGUUGCAUGGAUUAAGAUCGAGGAUCCCAGAUUGAACAAACGGAAGGAACUAACAGUUGCAGAGUUAUUUCCAAAGAAUUGUGUACGAUUUCAUCUGGAGAUAGUUGACUCACCAUCGACUGACGCUCAUGCUCAUUUUCGAUGGAUCAAACAGAAGAGCACUCCUCACCCAAACGCAAUUAAUAAAACCACAAUCAAACGGAUAUACUCUGGUACGAUUGCCUACAAACGACCUGAACCGUCGACUGCAGACGUGGAACACGUGGUUAUGUGUGAAGCGAGGACAGGAGUGUCGGGAGUGUAUGAACUACACUACAUCCUUUUCGCUAUCUACGAUACCGGCCAUACGUUGGAUAUAGAUUGUCAUUUUGCAAAAUGCGGAACGAAUGAUGUCAGUCGCAUGAACAUAGUUACGACACCAGCUCCGGUAGUCAGAUAUGUGUACAACUAUGUUUACGAAUACGAUUAUGAGUACUACUAUCCGAACUACACGAUCUUAAUAAAUGAUCCACCUACAACUCCAUUGCCAACGACGAAAAAACCAAACCUUGUGACAAGCAUAAAGGUUUUCAAUCCAACUACACCCGAACCAGACGAACUCAUAGAUUGGGAACCUGAAAUCUUACUAGGGCCGAUCGAAGCAGUUAAACCUCCAACGAAGGAAAUUCCAACAACUCCCGAAACACCUCCAACUCAUCCCCAUCCACCGGCGCCUAAGCCGGAGCCAUCUUCAAAUAAAACCAUUUCGUUACCUCCGACCACCACUCCUAUGCCGAUUAAUGAAUCUACAACUGCCACGCUUCAAGUUACCCAGUUGCCCGAGAAAAUUCCCAAGUACGGAAACGAAACUGAAUUGUACACAGGCAGGCCGAACAAUUUUCCCUUCAGUAUUAGCUACAUCGACGAUACGAACCCGGAAGUCAUUACCACUCCCAAAGAACCGGUGAAGCACUGCGUAGGUUGCCGCAGGUGUCACCGUUGCUGGCAGAGAAGACGACUACGGUAUCGUCACCGUAGGGAGUCACCAUCAUCAUCCGCACCGUCUGGGAUUUCUCCAGGCUUAUGUGGUGCGAUGCGAUGUGCAACAGGCAGCACUCUUCCACCUUGGAUUGAACCGAGGACUACGAUGACGCCAGCCGUCGUUCAAUACCUGAAUCCGGAUCAGCAGAGAGGAAGGGCUUAUCCGGAUGCAGCUAGUGGCGAUUCUUGCUAGAAAUUUCACAGUUUUAUGGUCGUAAAAGAACAGUUAUUGUAAUGUAAGUGAUAUUUAGAUCAAAGAAUAAAAUUUAAUGUGUUCCGC